AUGGACGCCGCGGGUGCGAGUGCGGAGAGCACGCCGCGUGACGCGGGUGCGGCACAGGACGAUGCCGCACGCCGCACAAGUGAUGGCGGGGCGCCUGCGCCGGCAGCCCCGGCCGCAGCGCCCGCGCCGAGCGCGCCAAGCACCGCCCAAAAUACGGUGCCCGCCUCGAAUGUAUAUAGCGUGCCGCGCGUGCCGAGCGGGAGCGUCGCGUACAGCGGCCCUGGCCUGCGGACGCCGACGGUGCCGCACUCUGCGUACCCCCGCCCGGCGCCAACUGCCCAGGCCCGGCCGUGGCCGCCGCCGCCGGGCACGGUGCUGAACCGCGUCGGCGUGCCGCCAACGUACACGCCGCCGCCGCAUGCCGCGCCGUACGUGCCCCGCCCGCCUGGGACAUAUGGCCCGCCACGCCCGCCGGCACCGCAGCCGCCCAAGAAGCCCAAACCGUCGUCGCACGCAAACCGUGCCAAGAACGUCGCGCUGUCGGCUCUCACAGGCGGCAGUAUCGGCAUGGCCGGCCAGGAUGUGCCGCCGCCUGGCUUUCUCACUGCUGGUGGCGGCGCACGCAAAGUGCUGCCCGAGCUUGUGCUCCCGUUUGCGCUGCCGACGACCGGUGCCGCCGACGACGAAGAGAGCGAGCCGCUAGAAAAGAGUCUCGUGCUCCUACAGGCCCUGCGCCAGACGCGCAUGAUGCACAUGCUGCAAGUUCUGCCGCCCUUUAGCCACCGCCAGCGGUCCGGGAUCGAGCACUUUGAUCUCGUGCCGCGCGCGCUGCUCCAAGGCAUCGAUCCGCACAAGCCACAUACCCUGAUGCCCCUUGGGCGCGCAGACGUGCGUGUGGGGCCCAUGGUAUACUAUGGCGUGCGUUUCUGGGAGCUGCGUGCAAGCGUAUCGCCGAACUAUGCCAAGCCGCGACCAAAGGAAAAGCCUCGGUACGGAAUGGUGCAAUACCCUGCGUCGGUGCGCCCGCCGCCGGGCGAGGGGUACAUUCGGUCGCACGAGGGCCCGCCCAACCCUGGUCCCUCCAAUAUACCCCCACGCCCUAAUCCCCCGCGCCCCCUUGAUGCUGGCUUCCUCGCGCGCCUGCAGCAGCGUGCGGAGCACGAUACACACCUGCAAAACCUCUUGCAGCUCGCACGCACCGGCCAGCUGCCCGAGUCGGCGCUGCCGCAGCUCAAUGCAAUUAUUGCGUCGCUCAUGGUCCCUCCGCCGGCCAGGCCGGAAGAAAAUGGGCCGCCGGUCGUGCUCGUCGAGUUCCCCGAGAACCCCAGCAUCAACUUUGUGCUGCCCCUGUGGCACAUGGCCGUCGAGCGCCGCCGCAACGUCGGUGCUCGCCGGGGCUACAGCGUCCUGCUCAGCUUCUUCCUGCCGGCCAUCGGCUCAAAAGCGGCAGGCGAUAGCGGCUUGAGCGAGGCCGAGCACAUGGACCGCGGCAUGCUCUUUGACGCGUCGCUGCGCCCGAAAGAAGAGACGUCUACCCCGGCUCCCGAGACGCCGCCUACGCCGGCGCCGGCGCCCGACACAACUCCCGACUCCGCCAAGCGGGGCGGCCGCACAAAACGCCCCAAGCCCAAAAAGGAGGCCGCGCCCGAACCGGCGCAUCCCCAGCGUGGCCACGAGCUCUAUCCGGCGACAUGGUACCUUCGUGCAGACACGGGCAUCGACGAGCGCCUCUGGGAUUGCCUUGGCCGCGUCCCCGGCUGCGUCACGAGCGAGCCCGGGCGCGAGCGGCAGUGGGCGUCGAGCACCGACCGCGAAGUGCACGCCACGUUGCAAGAGUCGUUCGCCGCGCGCUUCAAGACGGUGCCUCCGACGCGCCCCCUGCCACACACGGUCGCCAAAGCGUCGAUUCCCCAGGGGCUCGAGGACCACGUGUGCGACCGCUACGCGAUGCGCAUCCAGUCGAGUGCGACGCGUCCCCAGCCGAAGCGCAAGGUCGCGACGCUGUCGGAUACCAAAGACACUUCGCGGCCGUCCCGCAUCGAGCACGUUCCCCGCAACUAUUUUGCCGAGGACGGCGAGGCACGUCCCAAGCGUAAGCGCCAUGUCGCGACGCACAACCCCGACGGGAGCAUCAAGAGCUGCGGCGCAUGCGGCAAGACCAAGACGCCCAUGUGGCGCCGUGGCCCCAAAGGGCCGUCGCAGCUGUGCAAUGCGUGCGGCGCCAAGUGGAAGGCCGGGCGCUUGGUCGUCCCCGAAGCGCCGCCGCCGCCGAUCCUCGACGACACGCUCCCGGUGCGCCGCAUCGCGCAGCCAACCGUCCCCCCGGCCGCUGCCACGCCGCUGCCGCCGCCCAGCGUCGCUGCACGGCCGCCUCCGUAG